AUGUUUCUUUUGAAUAUCUACUAUACUUAUUCGGAAUGCGCAUUCAUGCUAGCGGCGGAUAUCGCGCAGUUGGUGCGCGCCUACUUAGCAGAUGAGCCAUUCAAACAGUUUCUCGAUUCAAUGCUGUUUUAUCGUUACCUGCAGUGGAAGUGGCUGGAGAAACGGCCAGUGGACAAGCACACAUUCAGAUUAUACAGAAUACUCGGCAAAGGUGGAUUCGGUGAAGUGUGUGCAUGUCAAUUUUCUUGA